AUGUCUCCUACGAAGAACACAAGCCAGGCAUUUGUGACAGCCUCGGCUUCAUCGACUGCAACCUGUCUUCCUAUUGACCCGGGCAAAAACGGCCACUUGCCACCCGAGGCGUGCGGUGUAAUUCUUCUCUACAAACCGUCGCUGGCAGCCGCUGUCGUGUUCUUUGUCCUCUUUGCCCUGACGACAUUAAUCCACUUUGUUCAAGUCUGCAUCCAUAGGAAGCUAUACGCUUUAGUGAUUGUCAUGGGCUCGGGCUGGGAAUUCAUAGCCAUGGCAUGCCGAGCAAUGGAAACUCGUCACCAAGACAGUUCCAAGUUGUACAUGUAUUUCACGGUAUUCUUUCUGGUAGCACCAAUAUGGAUCAACGCCUUUCUCUACAUGACCUUAGGCCGUAUGGUCCAAUUCUUCGUACCUGAACAGAGACUGGUUCGAAUUUCCGCACGACGCUUCGGGCUGAUCUUUGUGUGUUUGGAUAUUUUCGCCUUCAUCAUCCAACUGAUCGGGGUCGGUAUUCUUGUCCAGACAGACGCCAAGAUGGAUACCGUCAUGCUGGGGGUUCACAUUUACAUGGCAGGCAUUGGAAUACAGGAGAGCUUCAUCGUGUGCUUCCUCGCCCUGACUAUUCACCUUCACCGCAAACUGCUACACAUGGAGAAUACUGGACUGCAGCCGAUGGACAAGCUGGCCCGAGGCCCCUUUAAUUGGCGGUUCCUCUUUUACACUUUGUACUUUUCGCUCACCAUGAUCACGAUCCGGAUUGCCUUUCGCCUGGCCGAGUACUCCAAGGGCGUCGGGGCUGACGAGCCCACCAACACCCACGAAUGGUACCAAUAUGUUUUCGAUGCUCUUCCCAUGUUUCUGGCGGUUCUUAUCCUCAACGUCCUCCACCCUGGUCGUAUCCUUCAGGGACCAGACUCUGGGUUUCGGCACGCAAAGAAGAUGGCCAAGAUGGAGAAGAAAGAGCGAAGAUUCCGGCAGCAGAACCCGACCUUUGGAAACUAUGGAGUGUCUGAUAGCAUCCCGCUGGCACCGAGGCCUACAGCACAAGCAGCCGUCCAUCAUGAGCCCCCUCAGCCCGCUUAUUAUCAACCGCCUCGGUCCUAUUUCUUGUAA